AUGACGCCAGGCCUCAUGCGAAGGAGCCCACGCCUGGCCUGCGCCCUUGGGAUGAGGCCAGUGGAGGGGAUGGCAGUCUACCCAUUACUCAGCACUGUCUUGCAUGACCCUACAAUGUUUAAAAGCCCCAAUGCUUUCAACCCAGAGAACUUCUUGGAUGAGAAUGGACGCUUCAAGAAGAAUGAGGCCUUUGUGCCUUUCUCCGCAGGGAAACGGAACUGCUUGGGUGAGGCCUUGGCCCGCAUGGAGCUUUUCCUCUUCUUCACCACCAUCCUGCAGAAUUUCCAUUUGAAGUCCCUUGUGCCCCCUGAAGAUAUUGACCUCACAUUUCAAGAAAGUGGCUUUUCCAACAUCCCACCCUUUUACCAGCUCUGCACCAUCCCACGCUGA